AUCAUCAUCAUCAUCAUCAUCAAUCCACACAGAGAAAGAAGAAGAGGAGCGUUUUUUUGGACUUGUGGUUUUCCAUCGCUUACACCAACCCCUCCUUCCAUUUCUUCCGUUUUCGAUCUCCAAACUCUGAUAACCAUGAGUGACGAAGGUGAAAAGGUAUGUCCUCUCUGUACUGAAGAGAUGGAUUUGACUGAUCAGCAAUUGAGACCUUGCAGAUGUGGUUACCAGGUUUGUGUUUGGUGUUGGCAUCACAUUAUGGAGAUGGCAGAAAAGGAUAAUACAGAGGGACGUUGUCCUGCAUGUCGAACACCGUAUGACAAGGAGAAAAUUGUAGGGACGGCAGCUAACUGUGAAAGGUUGGUUGCUGAAAUUAGUUCAGAGAGAAAAAUCAAAUCAAAUAAAGCCAAGUCGAAAACUGAUGGAAGAAUGCGUCUCAGUACUGUUAGAGUGAUUCAGCGGAACCUAGUGUAUAUAAUAGGGAUACCUUCAAAUCUAGCAGACGAAGAUGCUCUUCAACACAAGGAAUAUUUUGGCAAGUACGGGAAAGUUUUAAAGGUGUCCAUAUCUCGUACUGCUGGAGGGGCUAUUCAACAUUCUUCAAACAACACGUGUAGUGUAUAUAUUACAUACUCGAAAGAGGAGGAAGCAGUGCGGUGCAUUCAAUCAGUGCAUGGCUAUACUUUAGACGGUAAACCAUUGAGAGCAUGCUUUGGAACCACGAAGUAUUGUCAUGCAUGGCUGAGAAAUAUGUCUUGCAGCAAUCCAGAUUGUUUAUAUUUGCAUGAAAUUGGCACAGAAGAAGAUAGUUUUAGUCAAGAUAAGAUAAUAUCGGCUUAUACAAGGAGUAGAGCACAACAAAUGACAGCUACUUCAAAUAAUUUGGAUCGGCGUUCGGGGAGUAUGUUACCUCCACCUUUUGAUGAUAUCUGCAUUGAUGACACUGAGUCUUCGGAGAAACCAGUUCCCAGAAGUGUGCCAAAUAUUUCUGCACCUCAGCCACAGAUUAAAACUUCUCCUCCUAAUAGCAGCUCCGGUAGAUCUCCUGUGCUCCCGGCUGCAGCUUCGUGGGGAUUACGCGCUUUUAGUAGUCGGCAUCCGGCUACAAGUUCAUCUAGUUCGGAUGGACUUGUGAACCAAAAACCUGAUGGUUCGUUUUCCUCUAUAGUUGCAAGCUCAACUCAGACAUCUACGUUGCACAAUGAUGCGGGAAAAAGACCUGUAGUAAACGAAGAAAGUCAAGCAUUGCGUCUCAAUGAUAGAGUGAAACCGUUAGAAUCUUCCAAACAAAAUACAUUUAGGGAUAGUAAAGCAACCGAACCAGAUAGGAAUGCAAAGGUUAUGUGUAUUGCAGCUCCUGCUUCAGCUAGUUCGGAUAACCACAUAUCUAGUCGUCCAACAUCUAGGCAUAGUGAGAUGGUAGUCACAACACCACCAGUGGAGAAUCUGGAGUUCAGUGGUAAUGAGAUGGGAAUUAAAAUGCCACCAGAAGGUACAUCGCCAUGUAGAACAGCUUCUGAUGCAGAAGAUGAAAAUGUCGCUGUGAAUGGUACGGUGGACAAUCUAUGCUCUGGGUUGGCAUCAAUAGGCUUGGGUAAUCAUCUUGAUGCCGAGACUGGUGAUGCUCAUGUACUUAGUGAUAAAGUUCCCACUCAACAGUCAUUUCGUUCGCAUAAGGACCAGGGUAUGCAGCAGUAUCAUUUGGAAGAUAUUAGUGAUCAUCCAUCCUUGGUGCCCUCGAGGAAAUUUAUUACUCCAGAUGGCGUGUCUUUUUCAACAGAACAAACCGGUUGGAGUACAGAGUUAUCUUCAUCACAAGUGAUUCCAGAAGUGCGCAACCAAGUAAAAGAGGAAACGUCAGCUUUUGAUGAGCAAAGUUUGAAGUUUCCAGAACCUACUCAUCCUUUAUAUUCUUUUAACUCAUCUAACAGUUUCAAAGCUUCAAAUCAUUAUAGUGGUCAUCCUUUUCAACUUGGUGACAUGUGCAGUACGAGUAAUUUAGGCAAUACAGUCACGGGAACUGUACAGACGAAAGUUGACGAAAUGUUGCCUCCAUUUGAAUAUCGUAAUUUCUUAGGAUCCAGUGUUUUAAAUCUGAACAAAGUGGUCAACUCCCCGGAACUGACAAACUCAUUUGAUUAUUCCAAUUUCCCUUCAAAUAUGGAUGAUCGCAAGUACAGGGGAAGGUUAAAUAAUGCUGUUGUUGGCGGCGGUGGUGGAAAUGGCGCCGCAGAUAUGGGUGAGAGCAGCAUCAUCUCGAAUAUCUUGUCUAUGGAUGAUGUAUGGUCUGACUCAUUGACUUCAUCCCGUAAUCUCGCCCAGUUGUUUAGUGACACCGACAGACAGAACGAUUCUGUAAAGGCACAAAAUAAUAAUGAAUCCAGGUUUUCAUUUGCAAGGCAGGAGGAUGUUGGGUACCAAAGGUCGAGUGUUGAGCCUUCUUUUGGCAACAUUGGGUCUAUGGCAAAUUUACACAGCAGCUUCCAGGGUCUUCCAGAAAACAGGGAUCCAUACUUGGACAGGCAUCGUAAUGGAUUUUCCUCAAAUUUUCCAGGGGAACCGGAAAGUUUUCUUAGCAGCCAGUUUUCUUUGCCAUCUGAUAGGCUCUCUGCUGCAAGAGGUCAAAUAUCUGCUCCUCCUGGAUUUUCGCACCCAAGCAGACCUGCGCCUCCUGGGUUUUCUUCUCAUGAGAGAUUGGACCAAACAUUCGACACUCUUUCAGGGCAUCAUUUGUUUGAAAACUCCUCCAUGUUGAGGAAUCAAUAUCCUCCACAGCCAACUAAUAGUAUUGACGAUCCUGAGUUCAUUGAUCCCGCAAUAUUAUUUGUUGGGAAAGGAAGAAGGCCGAAUGGGAUGAAUAGUUUGAGUCGUGGUUUAGAUAUGAGGUCAACUUUCAAUUCACAGCGUAGUGUAAGCCCUGAGGACUUCCGGCUUCAGCAGCUGUUAAUGCAACAGUCCAUCUCUACACAUCAAAACUUGAGAUACCCUGAUCAUAUUGGUGAUAGGUUUUCUCCUGUGACUGAUGCUUACAACAGGACCCCUUCGAGGUUUCCGGAACAAUCCCAAAUCACUAAUCCAUUGCUGUUUAGCCAGUCGUCUUUCCAUCAAUCAAGAAAUGGACAUUAUGAUGGUUGGAAUGAAGUUCAAAAUGGAAAUAGCAAUGACUUUGCGAUGGCUGAGCUUCUUAGAAAUGAGAGACUGGGAGGAGGAUUUUACAAGCAGCAUUAUCCUAGUUAUGAAGAUCUAAAAUACCGUAUGCCUAAUUCGGGUGAUAUAUAUAACAACAGAGCCUUUGGGAUGUGAUUGAUUGAACUUAUGUGGAGCUAAUUUUUGUGCAUCUGCCUAGCUAUGAGGCAAAGAUUGCAGUAGGUGUAAACCACCACAAUGUGCAGGGUCGGUCCUGGAAGCCAGUAAAAACCCACUUCAGGGCACAGGCCCAGUGGCGCAACAAAAAGCUGGAACAAAGUGCUUUAUGAGCUCAGUUCUGUAGACUAGAACGUGGGUUCGACACCAACAUGUCUGAGUGGUUGAAGGAAACCUUACCUGCCUUCUGGCUUCGAAGAGAAAUUUGAAAAGAUAUGGUAAAAUUGUUCGAGAUUGGGUGAGGAUAGAUGAAGUUCAGUUACCGGACUAAUCGUAUGUUUCAUAUGUAUAGGCACCUUUUACUUCUGAUUCAGAUUCGGUAUGAAUAUCGGCGAAUGUAUAUUUUCCACACAAGAAAUGAAGUGUAUGUCAAUGACUGAACUGAUGGUUGAGACAACUCCUUAUGCCUGAUGAAAUUUUGUGCUUGAUUCUGACA